UUCGUCAAAAAAAAAAAAAAAAAAGAUAAAAUUAAAACGAGUAAGAAAAUGAACAGAAAGUUGAACGUAAGAAGACAGUAGCGAAAAUAUCUGAGGUGCAGGUUGAUGGGUAGGGUUUUCUUUCUUGAUUUGGAAGGAAGUUCUUACCGAUGCAUAUUCUGUUAUACCCCUCUUGCUCUUGCCGAUCAUGUUCUCUCUCGGUCCUUCAGCUGCAGUCGAGGGAGGGCAUACCUAUUCAGCAAAGUGGUGAAUGUUACGGUUGGGCCUCAGGUAGACAGAUUGAUGAUAUCUGGACUGCACACAGUUGAAGAUAUAUUUUGUUGCUGCUGUGGACAAAUUAUGGGAUGGAAAUAUGUUGUAGCACAUGAGAAAAGUGAAGUAUAUAAAGAAGGGAAGUUUGUGCUUGAGAGAUGGAGGAUAGUUGAUGACAUCGACGAGGAAUUAAAUUUGGAUGGUCAUGCUAGUUCAAGCGACACAGAAAACACCUAGCAAGUUGCUUCUUUUUGAAUUCAAAUAUUGUAAAGCUAGUAAAUAUAUCAUGAGUACUUGGUGUUCGUCGAGAUACAAUUUCAUAAAGAAACUCUAGUUGGAGCAACAUAAUCCUGGCUCGUUUCCAGCAUUAAUAAAUCUUUUCAUACGGCAUUGGAUUUUAUGUUUUGAUAGAUGACAUAUACUAGGCAUGCCUGAGCAAACACAACAACACCCUGCAGUUCUUGCGGGUUGGACGAGUAAUACAUAUUAUUUUGUGAUAGUUAUCAUUUUUACUUGAUCUCAAUGUAUCUAAUAUAUGUGGAAAGUUAGGUUACUGUUCUAGCGAUAAGUUUGCAAAUACAGUUUACAGUAGUAGGAUUUGUUCUGUUAUCCUUUGUUCAAAAUGACAAAUAUUCUGAUCCUUUGUACAA